AUGCGUGGUUUCAAACAAAAACUUAUAAAGAAAACUACUGGUUCUUCCUCAAGUUCGAAAAAGAAGGACAAAGAGAAGGAAAAAGAAAGAACUUUCACAGCUUCAAACCCUUCAACUAGUAGUAAUAGUACCACUGCCUCUUCAUCGCAUGCUUCGAGAAAAGCUUCACUUGAAACACAGAAACGUUCAUCGUCAGAAAGAAUAAGGACUCCCACAGGUUCUAAUGGUACUAGCACAGAUCCUACAAGCCAUCAUAAGAAAAAUACUAGUUCGAACUCUUCUUCGAAAGCGAAGUCAAGUUCAUCAAAAUCGAAAAGCACUUCAGAUACAGAAAACGUCAAGAGAUCACCUUCCACAAAUUCUCAGCCUACCACUCCUAUAGUCACUGUAACAGAUGAAUACGCAGACUCAAAUAAGAACAAAUCAUCUCCUUCUUCUUCGCAACCAACUUUUAUUGGCGCAGCUGCCGCUGUAGCCCCUUUAUCCCCCCAGCAAGUGUCUCCUCCAAUGAAUACUAUGUCACCAAAUAAUAAUCAGGGCAUCGAGAUUCCAAGAUCAUCACAUUCUUUUGAAAAAUUACCAACUCCAACUAAAUUAAACACAGAACCAGAUGUUGAUUUGAUAAAAACACCUCAACGUCAUUCUUCAUCUCGUUUUGAAGCAUCCAGAUAUACACAGAUAACAAAGUUACCUAGUUUCGAUGAUGUUUCCCCAGAGGAAAAAAUUCCCCUUUUCAUGGCUAAAGUGGAUCAAUGCAAUAUAAUGUUCGAUUUCAAUGACCCAAGUUUUGAUAUUCAAGGAAAAGAAAUUAAAAGAUUCGCAUUGCAGGAAUUGAUUGAGUUUAUUAUUACGAAUAGGUUCACUUAUACAAAUGAAAUGUACCUCCAUAUGGUAAACAUGUUUAAAAUUAAUUUAUUUAGACCUAUCCCGCCACCGGUCAAUCCAGUAGGCGAUAUUUAUGAUCCUGAUGAAGAUGAACCCGUUAAUGAGUUAGCAUGGCCUCAUAUGCAAUUGGUCUAUGAGUUAUUCUUAAGGUUUGUUGAAUCGCCAGACUUCAACCAUCAAAUUGCAAAACAAUAUAUAGAUCAAAAUUUUAUCUUAAGACUGCUAGAAUUAUUUGAUAGCGAAGAUAUCAGAGAGAGAGAUUGUUUGAAGACAACUUUGCACAGAAUCUAUGGUAAAUUCUUAAGUCUUAGAAGUUUCAUUCGUCGAUCAAUUAACAACAUUUUCUUACAAUUUGUGUAUGAAACAGAGAGAUUCAACGGUGUUGCAGAGUUAUUAGAAAUUCUAGGUUCCAUUAUCAAUGGGUUUGCUCUACCGCUAAAGGAAGAACAUAAAAUAUUUCUAAUCAGAGUUCUUCUACCCUUACACAAAGUGCGUUCCCUCUCACUAUACCAUCCACAACUAGCAUAUUGUAUAGUCCAAUUCCUAGAAAAAGAACCUCUGUUAACUGAAGAAGUAGUGAUGGGGCUCUUACGGUACUGGCCCAAGACAAAUUCUACAAAAGAAAUAAUGUUUCUGAAUGAGAUAGAAGAUAUUUUUGAAGUUAUUGAACCUUUGGAAUUUAUCAAGAUCGAAGUUCCAUUAUUUGUACAACUUGCCAAGUGUAUCUCAUCAUCACAUUUCCAAGUUGCUGAAAAAGUUUUGAGCUAUUGGAACAAUGAAUAUUUUCUAAAUUUAUGCAUCGAAAAUGCAGAAGUUAUAUUACCUAUUAUUUUCCCAGCAUUGUAUGAAUUAACAUCACAGUUAGAAUUGGAUUCGCCGAUGUUGAAUGGUAAUAACAAUGGUAAUUCUAGCAGUAGCACCAGUUUAUCAGAUCCAUAUAUGCUUGUUGAGCAGGCUAUAAACUCUGGUUCGUGGAAUAAAGCAAUUCAUGCAAUGGCCUUCAAGGCUUUGAAAAUCUUUUUAGAAACUAAUCCAGUAUUAUAUGAAAAUUGCAAUGCGUUAUAUUUGUCAAGUAUGAAAGAGAACGAAGAAAGAAAAAAUCAACGUGAGAAACAAUGGCAAGAUCUGGAAGCUUAUGUUAAUAAUUUGCAAAUUAACGACGAUACUGAUGUGACUCGGGAUUCAGAUUCUAGUACAAUACACCCAAUGGAAAUGUUGAAUGAUAUUGAAGAAGAUAUAAAUUAG